CUUCUCCACAAUCUCUUAUUAUUAUUAUCCAUUUUCAACACACAAAAAAGCUCUCUCUUUCACUAAGCUCAAUUCUCUCCCUCUCCUUCUCUUUAUGGCCUCCUCUUCUGGGAGCUUAGACACCUCUGCAAAUUCACACCCAACCUUCACUUUCUCGACGCACCCGUUCAUGACCACCUCCUUCUCUGAUCUCUUAGCCUCUGGCACAGAUGAAGACCCCAGCACCAACACCACAGCUCGACAUGUUGGCCAUGGCGGGCUAGCAGAUCGAAUAGCAGAACGUACUGGGUCUGGUGUGCCCAAAUUCAAGUCUCUUCCUCCUCCUUCGCUGCCCAUUUCUCCUCCCUCCGUUUCUCCCUCUUCUUACUUCGCAAUCCCAGCUGGGUUGAGCCCAGCUGAGCUUCUUGACUCUCCUGUCCUCCUAAGCACUUCAAACAUUCUUCCAUCUCCAACUACUGGAAGUUUUGCAGCUCAGGCCUUUUGGAAGGCCAAUUCUGGAAACAACCAGCAGAUUGUUAAACAGGAAAGCAAGAACUACUCAGAUUUCUCUUUCCAAACACAAACAAGACCCCUCACUUCAUCAUCAACAAUGUUUCAAUCUUCUAACAGCACAAUUCAAACUGCACAAGAACAGGCAUGGAGUAACAGUUACUUUCAGGCACAAGAACCCCAAAAGCAAGAUGAUUUUUCCUCAGGGAAGAGUACGGUGAAACCUGAAUAUGGUUCUGUGCAGAGCUUCUCAUCUGGAAUGGCCACCAAUAUCCAAAAUAGUAGUCAGGCCAAUGGUGGUUUCCAAUCUGAGUAUAGCAACUACAACCACCAACAAUCUCAGACCUUGAGCAGGAAGUCAGAUGAUGGGUUCAAUUGGAGAAAAUAUGGUCAAAAACAAGUGAAGGGAAGUGAAAAUCCAAGGAGCUAUUACAAGUGUACUUACCCCAAUUGCCCAACUAAGAAGAAAGUAGAGAGGUCUUUGGAUGGGCAAAUCACUGAGAUAGUUUACAAGGGCAACCAUAACCAUCCCAAGCCACAGAAUACUAGAAGAUCAUCAUCAAAUUCUUCUCAUGCAAUUCAGGGUUCUAAUCCCAACACCAACGAAAUCCCAGAUCAGUCUUUUGCCAAUCAUGGUAAUUCACAAAUGGAUUCCAUUGGAACUCCAGAAAAUUCAUCCAUUUCGAUGGGAGAUGAUGAUUUUGAACAGAGUUCUCAGAAAAGCAAGUCAGGAGGAGGGGAUGAAUUUGAUGAAGAUGAACCUAAUGCCAAAAGAUGGAAAAAGGAAGUUGAUAAUGAAGGUAUUUCAGCUCCUGGGAGCAGAACAGUGAGAGAGCCUAGAGUUGUAGUUCAAACAACCAGUGAUAUUGAUAUUCUAGAUGAUGGGUACAGAUGGAGGAAGUACGGGCAGAAGGUGGUAAAGGGCAAUCCAAAUCCAAGGAGCUACUACAAGUGCACAAAUCCAGGAUGUCCAGUGAGAAAGCAUGUUGAGAGAGCUUCUCAUGAUCUUAGAGCUGUGAUCACAACCUAUGAAGGAAAGCACAACCAUGAUGUUCCGGCAGCUCGUGGCAGCGGCAGCCAUGCUUCUGUCAAUAGGGCUCUACCAAACAACAACAACAUUAACAACAACAAUAACAAUGUAGCCACAGCAAUGAGGCCUGUGGCCCAUCAAACUAACAACUUAAGGCAACAAACAUCAGAAGGGCAACAAGCACCCUUUACCCUGGAGAUGUUGCAGAGCCCCGGGAGUUUCGGAUUUGCAGGAUUUGAUAACUCUAUGGCGUCAUACAUGAACCAAGCGCAGCUCAAUGAGAACAUGUUUUCUAAAACCAAGGAGGAGCCAAGAGAUGAUGCAUUUUUUGAAUCAUUGCUAUGCUGAUAAAAAUAAAAACCGAUAGUCAUUACAAUAAGCGCACACACAGUCAGGUUCAUUCCAUUCAUUGCUUCUUUCUUUUUUGGUUUUUUGUGUUUGUACAUUCUUUUACAGGGAUUGAUUGUAAAUUCAAAACUUGUAUGGGCAUAGAAAGAAGUUUCUUAAUAUAUUAUUAUUAUUAUUUUAAUUGUUUUGGGGCUUUCUUUGCUAGCUCAGUUAGGGAGCCUCAAUUCAAUUUUUUUUGUACCCCAUAUGUUUCAUUUUAGCUCAUAGUGUAUGACAAUGAAUUUGGAUUUUAUCUUUA